CUACGUGACUUGGGACACAUCCAGCCCUUGGGCGUUAGCGGGCUAUAUAAAAGGGAAACUGCCUCUUGCUGAACUCCAGUGCAGAUCCAGACAGCCAGCUCUGCACCUGCUUGUUGCCAUGGCGAACAUGGGAGUCUUCCAGCUGCUUAUGAAGAAGAAAGAACUUAUUCCUCUGGUUGGGUUUAUGAGCCUUGCUGGAUUCGGAGCAUUAUUUGCUUGCUACCACGCCCUGAAAAAACCCGAAGUCGUUUUUAAUAAGAGUGGCCACCCAGAGCCAUGGCAAAAUGUGAAUCCUUCCCAACCUCAGAAGCUGCUAACAAUCAACCAGGAGUGGAAGCCCAUAGAAGAGCUGGAGAAAGUCCGAAAAAUAAUGAAGUGAUGAGGUGCCAGCCCCUCCAAAUGACACUCUAUGAAUCUAGUGGAAUCAUUUCUGCACAAACUAGAUUAUCGAAACCAGUGUGCGGAAAUGCUUCUGCUACAUUUUUAGGGUCUCCCUCCAAUUUUUUGGACUCUGGAUGAGGACGUUACUGUUUGCCUUAGAAGUUGCCCUGCACACAUCCACACAGUCCAAAAUUCUAGGAGGACGUAUCUAUUUGUGAGCCUUAAAGAGUUGAAUUACUUUUGCCUGCAAUAAUACUAUAACUUACGUUUUCAAUAAACCUGGAAUCUAAAUGUAAAGUUGGUACAGUGAACAGAAUUCCACUUCUGUUCAACAUGGACAGAAACCAAACCGUGAAUGGUGCAAUGGUCACUCAGCCUGGAGUGGGACCGCUCAAAUCAGUAUUUCUUUAAUCUUUUCUUCUUCAGAGGAAAAUAUGGAUUUUAUUCCACCUGCUUUUGUUAAUAAAUUUCCAUUUUUGUUUUUACAAAAUGCUUGAAAAUAACUAUCUUAUUCUCUCACUUGUUUCACAAAUUUAACAAAGCAAAUGCAAUAUGCUACAAAAAUGUAUAGCCAUUUCGAGAGAGAAAACAUUGAAAGAUACAAAGUAAAAUACAUAACCUUUUCCUCA